AUGUUAACCGUCUCCGUCCCGUUAGAGGACUUGGAAGCAAUCAAAUGCAAGACCUUUACGCAAGGGUUAAGAGGACCCGCUUUACGCUGGUUCCACAACUUACCAUCCGGUACAGUAAAUUCGUACCAGGAUCUCAUCAGGAGAUUUCAGACAAACUUUACGAUAAGUGUGCAGACUGUUAAAGUGGAUACGGACCUAAUGCUAAUACACCAGCGCCUCGACGAACCUCUAGAAAAAUUUAGUGAAGAAUACGUCAGUAUCGUGAAAUGCACCGAUUCAGUGGCAACGAAAGCGUUAAUGCAAGGAUUGAUACAUGGUUCAGAAUUAAAGAAGGUGAUGAUAGUGGAACCUGGCCUGUCCCUCACAAGGGCCCUAACCAUGGCAAGAGGAUACAUGGCCUUGGAAGUAGAAGAAAAACGACACAGUGAGGAGGUGUCGCGCGAAACCUCGUCGUUGGGAGAUACUUUCCUCUUCGAACCAAAAAACCGGACACCAGCUGCACGGCCUCAUAAUAGGACUGACAACCGCUCAGCCAACGAAAGAAACACCCGAGGGGCAGUUAUGGUGAGUAUGGGCGAGCCGGGGCAGCCACACGCUCAACGGGGAGAAGAGGAGCUACCGUGGAUGACCAUUACUUUAACUGAGUUGAUAAGACGACUGCGGGGAUUGAAGGAAACGAAGUGGCCCCCGAGAAUGACCACUGACCCCGAUAAGAGGGACAAAGGGCGGUAUUGCACCUUUCAUGGAGAACAUGGUCACGCAACUUACGAGUGCAACCGUCUGGUGAAAGAAGGAUUCUUUCGGGACUGCCUCGCUUCGGAUGCCACGCUCCACAUCCAGUGGGGAAGUGGCAAAGGCCAAGAUCAAUCUCCUCCACCGUACAUUAAGAAAACCGUGAAUGUGAUCUUGGGAGGGUCAGACCUAAGCAGGAAUUCAGUACGAGCUUCAAUGGCACACGCCCGUCGGGUCCAGUCUGUAAGGGCGAUGGCGGUAAUCGACAGCGAUGGCCCCGACGUACACUUAUCAUUCAACCAAGGGGAAGCCUCCAAAUUGGAACACCCCCACGAUGACGCUCUUGUCAUCACUCUAGACGUAGCCCAUGUUCGAAUGAAAAGCAUGCUCGUCGACACUGGAAGCUCAGCCAACAUUUUAUUUGCCGGAGUUUUGAAAGAAAUGGAAAUCGAGGAUUUAAAAGCCUAG